UUACAUUGCUCUCGGAGCCCUUUAAGAGCCCCUGUCGCAGAACCCGGCAGGCAGGUCUGCACCACCUCCUCCUCCUGCUCCCGCAGCAGCGUCUCCUCAGGCAUCGGGCUCCCCGCUGUGACCCCCUCCAGCGUAGGAGAUGACUUCCACUCAGGAUGGCAGUGUUGUGAUUUUUGGCAGUGGACUCAUUGGCCGAAGCUGGGCUAUGUUAUUUGCCAGUGGAGGUUUCAAAGUAAAACUCCAUGAUAUUGAGCAGCAGCAAAUCACCAAAGCACUGGAACACAUCAGAAAAGAGAUGAAGGCCCUGGAGCAGUCUGGUACACUGAAAGGAUCUUUAAGUGCUGAUCAGCAACUAGCUCUCAUAAGUGGUUCCACAGACCUCAAAGUGGCAGUAGAGGGCGCCAUGUACAUUCAGGAAUGCACUCCAGAAAAUCUUGAAUUGAAGAAGAAGGUUUUUUCUCAGUUAGACCUUAUUAUUGAUGACAAAGUCAUUUUAAGCAGCUCCAGCUCCUGCCUUUUGCCUUCAAAGAUGUUUAUGGGUUUGAAGCAUGUAAAACAAUGCAUUGUGGCUCAUCCUGUAAAUCCACCAUAUUAUGUCCCAUUGGUUGAAUUGGUCCCACAUCCAGAGACAGCUCCUUCGACAAUGGAGAGAACAUACGCUCUAAUGAAAAAGAUUGGACAGUCACCGGUCAAAAUAAGGAAGGAGGUUGAUGGGUUUAUUCUCAACCGACUCCAGUAUGCCAUCAUCAGUGAAGCCUGGAGACUUGUUGAUGAAGGACUAAUAUCUCCCUCAGAUCUUGAUAUUGUGAUGUCAGAUGGUCUUGGAAUGCGAUAUGCCUUUAUUGGACCCUUGGAAACAAUGCAUCUCAAUGCAGAAGGCAUGUCAAACUAUUGUGAACGAUACAGCGAAGGCAUGAAGCGUGUCCUAAAAACUUUUGGGCCGGUUCCAGACUUUUCUGGAGCGACUUUAGAAAAUGUUCAUCAGGCUAUGUGUGCCCGUGUUCCUGCUGAUCCAGCACACCUGGCUGCCAGGAGGCAAUGGCGAGAUGAAUGCCUCAUGAAGCUGGCCAAGCUGAAAAGCCAAAUGGAGGCUGAGUGAAGCUUCUCCUAAUAAUACUGCUGGUGUGCCUCAUGGGGCAAGCACUUUCUGGGGUGUAAUCAUAGAAAUGUCUAAUCUGAUUGCUUUAAACCAAUGAAAACCCUCAGUCCCCUUUAGCACCAGAGAAGACUUCUCCCCAUUUAGCACCAGAACUCACUCCUUGAUUUGGUAAGCUUUGGCAAACACCGCAGGAGGCUAGCAGAGAAUGCACAUUCAGUGUUCUCAGAAGCAUGGAUCUGGAUAGGUGCGUGUUUCCAGGAGCACUGAACAACCCAAGGAACCCCCAGGCUGUUUGUCCUGGCACUAGAGACAACAUGGAGUCUGAUGAGGCAAUCGCCAGUGACUGCCUAAGACAAAAACAGUCAUUGAUGAGAUCCAUAAUCCUUUUGGUUUUAUUGUGAUUAUGGAUAGUAGCACUACACAUGAUUCUGUUAUAGCUUCAUGAUGCUUUGAUUUAUAAUGAAAUAUUUUCAUGUCAAAUCAUUUAUUCUUAAAUAUGCCAUAAAAUCAUUUCUAAGUACUGCGUGUGACUAUCUAUGCAUUUACUUUGUAAGAGUUAUUCUUAAUAAAGUUUGAUUUCCAUGAAGUGA